AUGAAAGGAUGUGAGAAGGUGGGGCAACGCUUGGCCAGAGUAUAUACUACACUUGUGCUGUCUAUUGGUGAAACUGUUGAAGAAGUAACUGACUUUGGUUUCUUGGGUACAACACCGACACUUAGCUGUCAUGCAUUGGGUAAUGGUGCCCUGGUACAAGUUUACCCUGAUGGUAUAAGACACAUAAGAGCAAAUAAACGUGUCAAUGAAUGGAAAGCACCAGGAAAGAAAUCCAUAGUAAAAUGUGCUGUAAACCAGAGACAAGUUAUGAUAGCUUUGACUGGUGGUGAACUUGUGUAUUUCGAGAUGGACCCGACUGGGCAGCUAAAUGAAUACCUAUAG